UUUGAUUUUUCAUUGUGGUGUUACUCCUUCGUACUUAUUCCACGACCGCUUAUAUCAACAAAAAGAGAAGAAGUCCUCAAACAGUCAGGACACUCACGUGGACGAUGGCGAUGAGAAUCCUGAGCGUGGAAACUGGACCAACAAGACAGAAUACAUCCUCUCUAUGAUCGGCUACGCUGUCGGUCUGGGAAAUAUCUGGAGAUUUCCAUAUGUGGCCUAUAAGAAUGGAGGGGGUGCUUUUCUCAUUCCCUAUUUUUUGAUGUUGGUUUUGUGUGGAAUUCCUCUUUUCUUCUUGGAAAACGCCAUUGGUCAGUUCUGCAGCCAAGGUCCCAUCAACAUGUGGAGAGCAGUGCCAAUACUGCAGGGUGUCGGCUUGUCCAUGGUUAUGGUGAACGCACUGGUGUCAAUCUACUAUAAUGUCAUCAUCGCCUACAGCCUGUAUUACAUGUUCGCCUCCAUGCAGUCUCCUCUGCCGUGGUCCAGCUGCUCCAACUGGGCUGACAGAAAAUGCAGCAGCACGCCCAAAGUGUAUUGUAAUGUAAGUGGUGUUUUGAUGGUCAACUGGACUCAGGAAAACAACACUUGUCCUUCAUCUAACAAGAUCACAGUUCCAAUGCAGAGCCCGAGUGAGCAGUACUGGGACCGUGUGGCUCUGCAGAGAUCCAGUGGUCUGGAUGAAACAGGACCAGUAGUUUGGUACUUGGCUCUCUGUCUACUGCUGAGCUCCAUACUUGUUGCUGCAGCGCUCAUCAGAGGCAUCAAGUCAUCAGGCAAAGUUGUGUAUUUCACAGCUACAUUUCCUUAUGUGGUGAUUUUGAUUCUACUGAUCAGAGGUGUGACACUGGAGGGAGCAGGAGAUGGCAUUGAGUUCUACAUCGGUUCCCAAUCGAAUUUGACAAAACUGACCGAAGGACAGGUCUGGAAGGAUGCAGCAACUCAGACUUUCUUUUCCCUGUCCAUCGCUUGGGGUGGCGUUUCAACCCUGGCUUCUUAUAGCAACUUCCACAACAACAUGUUCUUGGAUUCAGUUAUUGUAACUGUCAUUAACGAUGGUACCAGUGUGUUUGCAGGCUUUGCCAUCUUUUCAAUUUUAGGACACAUGGCUCGCAUCUAUGGAAAGCCUGUUGGAAAAGUGGUGAAAGAAGGGUUUGGCCUGGCUUUCAUUGCAUAUCCAGAUGCUCUGGCCAAGCUUCCUAUUUCCCCGUUGUGGUCCAUUUUGUUCUUCUUCAUGCUGCUGACUGUUGGUCUGGACUCUCAGUUUGCAGCAAUAGAGGUGAUCACCACGUGCCUGUUGGAUGCCUUUCCUAAAACCCUCAAAUCCAAACGUGCCAUCGUGACCAUACUGAUGUGUGUCAUUGUCUUCCUCCUGGGCCUUCCGUGUGUGACAAGGGCAGGAAUAUACUGGGUAACUCUAAUCGACCAGUUUGUUGCCAGCUGGGUGAUGCUAAUUUUGGCUCUCAUGGAGAUCAUUGGCUUCUGCUACAUAUACGGUGUAAACCGUUUUAUCAAAGACAUUGAGAUGAUGAUUGGAAAAAGGAGCUUCUGCUUCUGGCUGUGGUGGAGAGCCUGCUGGUUCUUCCUCACUCCCUCCAUCAUAGUGGUGAUCCUGGUGUGGUCUCUGGCAACCUUUGUGCCCCCCACCUAUGGGAAAGUGCAGUACCCAGCUUGGGGUUUGGCUCUGGGCUGGUGCAUGGUUGCAUUCAUCCUCAUCUGGAUCCCUGUCACCGCUGUGUACAAGCUAAUAAAAGCAGAGGGAAACCUCUGUAAGCGCCUGAUAUCGUUGUGCUCUCCAUCUGAGGACUGGCAUCCCUACUUGGACAUCCAUCGAGGAGAGCGCUACUCAAAGAACACUGCUGCUGCUGAAGAAGCAGUGUCAGAUGAUAGAACAGAUGAUAAGAAAAUGUAAAUAUAACUUCUAGUAUAAUUUCAGGACAGCUACCUAGUUUUUAAAAUACUUAAAAGACUAAUGUCAGCUGUCUAACAACAAAUGUCUGUGACUUGAAGACUGAAAUGGUUUAAAUUCCACCACAGUUUUCUUAUUGUACUAUUAAUAAAUGUCAUUGUUCAAGAUUGUGUAAGAUCAAACUUACAGACUCUGUCAACAGAUUAGGUGGUAACUGUAGUUUGCUGUUGAACUGGGCCGCUCAUACUACAAAUCCUGUCUUGUGAGCUCAAGGGC